AUGGCCGGCUGCUGCUGCCUGUCGGCGGAGGAGAAGGAGUCGCAGCGCAUCAGCGCCGAGAUCGAGCGGCAGCUCCGCCGGGACAAGAAGGACGCGCGCCGCGAGCUCAAGCUGCUGCUGCUGGGAACUGGCGAAAGUGGCAAAAGCACCUUUAUCAAGCAAAUGAGAAUUAUCCACGGGUCUGGUUACAGCGAUGAAGACAGAAAGGGAUUCACGAAGCUGGUUUACCAAAACAUAUUCACCGCCAUGCAAGCCAUGAUCAAAGCCAUGGACACCCUGAGGAUACAGUACAUGUGUGAGCAGAAUAAGGAAAAUGCCCAGCUAAUCAGAGAAGUGGAAGUAGAUAGGGUCUCUGCGCUCUCCGAGGACCAGGUGCAGGCCAUCAAGCAGCUCUGGCUGGACCCAGGAAUCCAGGCGUGUUACGACAGGAGGAGGGAGUACCAGCUCUCAGACUCUGCCAAAUAUUACCUGACUGAUAUUGACAGGAUCGCCUUGCCGUCCUAUGUGCCGACGCAGCAAGAUGUGCUUCGUGUUCGAGUGCCCACAACUGGCAUCAUCGAGUAUCCGUUUGACCUGGAAAACAUCAUCUUUCGGAUGGUGGACGUGGGUGGCCAGCGAUCCGAAAGGCGGAAGUGGAUCCAUUGCUUUGAGAGCGUCACCUCCAUCAUAUUCUUGGUUGCGCUGAGUGAAUACGACCAGGUCCUGGCUGAGUGUGACAAUGAGAAUCGCAUGGAAGAGAGCAAAGCCUUAUUUAAAACCAUUAUCACCUACCCCUGGUUUCUGAACUCAUCCGUGAUCUUGUUCUUAAACAAGAAGGAUCUUCUGGAAGAGAAAAUCAUGUACUCUCAUCUAAUUAGCUAUUUCCCAGAAUACACAGGACCGAAGCGGGACGUCAAAGCUGCCAAAAACUUUAUCCUGAAGCUCUAUCAGGACCAGAACCCGGACAAGGAGAAGGUCAUCUACUCCCACUUCACCUGCGCCACGGACACAGAGAACAUCCGCUUUGUCUUCGCUGCCGUCAAGGACACCAUCCUCCAGCUGAACCUGAGGGAGUUCAACCUCGUGUAA